AUGAAGGGGGCGGAGCCAGAUCUCUCAGCGGCGACUUUCCAAAUCUUUGACGAGUCACACACAAUGGGGAAUGCGCUUAGAUGGAUUAUUAUGAAAAACCCGAAUGUAGAGUUCUGUGGAUACAGUGUCCCGCAUCCUUCGGAGAACUUCAUCCAACUGCGGAUCCAGAUGUAUGAUGGCCUCUCCGCCCUCGCCACACUCGAAAAAGCGUUGUACGACCUCGACGCGCUCUAUGCCACGAUUGAAGAAUCGUAUAAAAAGAGCCUCGUAAACGAUACGUAUGAACGCUUCGAGGAGAAGGCCUGA